GCUCUUGUAAUUCACAGCUCUUCGGACCUUUUACUGCCAUUCACCCAGUUGGAACUGAAGCAAAUACGAAGACAAAAUGAGUUUCACGAAAGGACUUCGAAGAUUCUGGGAUGAUCUUCUGACUCUCAAGCUCGUUGUCCUAAAGAUCAUAUAUUUUUUCCUGUUAGCAGCUAUUGUGAUACUCUGGUCGCAAUUUACCAUUCACCAAGAGGCUAUCGGACUCACCAAAUACCAGACGGGUAUUGUAGGAUCUGUGAUGUCUGCCGUCACCAUUGUGGUUUCGCUCCUCGGGGGCAUCGUAGGAGACAAACUGGGCAAUUACAAGGUGAUAUUAAGUAUCUCAACAGUGAUGGCUGGAGUGAGCUCAUUGCUUUUCACUUUUGUGCCUCCGGCCGAGCCAGCGACCUUUUGGGUCUACAUGAUAGUGAGAGUGUGUUUUGGGGCAUUUCAAACAUUCAGCUUCAUCAUGUAUGAAGGUGUUGUAAUGGCUUACACUAAGGAGUACAAUGUCGACUACGGCUUCCAAAGAGCGUGGGGGACCCUGGCUGUUCUCGUCAGUUCGCCUCUUGGGGGCUACAUAAUAGAGGCUUCAGGAGGCUACAGUAUGAUAUUCUACUUGUCGACGGGCCUCCAUAUUAUAACUGGCGGAUUAAUGACGUUUCUGAACAUGGAUUUCAAGAUCCCUGCUCGGACGAUUUCCAAACAGAUCUUCAAGCAUCUUGCCAAUGUCGAGGUUCUGAUGUUCUUGGGAGCCAUGCUGGCCACCGGGAUGUUUAUUGGGUAUAUUGAGACUUUCAUGUACCGCUACCUGUUCGACCUAGGUGCCUCGCAGCUCCUCAUCGGGCUCACGGUCACCGUUGGGGCUCCGUUCGAGCUAGUCUUUACCUUGGUCGCCGCCUCCGUUGUGGCCAAGGUGGGCCACGCGCACGUCAUCAUGCUCGGGCUAUUGGCCUACUCGGUCAGGCUACUGGGUUUCAGCUUCCUCUCUAACCCGUGGUGGUCUUUGCCUCUGGAAAUACUCGAGAGUGUAGCGAAUGGACUCAUGUUCCCCGCUGGAAUUCUGUACUGCACUGUCCUCUUCCCCUUGGAGACCAUCACCUCUUCCAGAGGAGUGUUCGGCAUGAGCUACUUUGGCAUUGGAAAACUUGUUGGCACCAUCGUAGGCUCCGAGAUCCGAGAGUUGGCGGGCGAUGUUCAAACAUAUCGAUGGCUCUCAGGCGCUGCUUUUGUUACGUCCGUGUUAUAUUGCAUUGGGUUUGCAGUGCUAACGACGAAGAGAAGCAAGAAGGCCGUGUUUCCACCGCUGACGCCAUCGAAGGACAACCCAGGCCAAGGCGGCAUAGACAACCUGGCACUGGAGGCCCCUUCCGCGGAUUAGAGGACUCGCACAAAUAUAUUGAGAAUGGUUACUA